UUAUUGCUGCACGAGGACCACGCGCCCGGUCGCAUCGAACGUUCCGUGAUUGUCGAAGAAGAAAGGCUCUUCAAUCUGCCAGCGUUCUUUUUACUUCAGCGCUCCUCGUUUGGGCUCAGUAUUACUCAAUUUUUCCACUUCUCGUUUCUUGUUCGUCCUUCCCUUCAUGAACUUCAUUCUUCAGCUGGGCCUUUCUGCGGUAGCCAGAACCUGAACAGGCCACAGCUGUAGGCUUACCUAGGCUGCCGCUACCUCCUCCGGUCGAACGCCAGCGAGGGUUGUCAAUUCAACGGAGGCGGAAUUCCGCACACUGCACCAGGCGACGCCAGCUUCUUAAGCAUCUUCGAGUUACUUGCCUGUCCCGAAAUCGGGACAUGAUUCAAGCAUUCGCGAGGACGCAACGUGGGUAGCCUGGCGGAUAGCUCAUCGCACCGACGUCAUCGGCGCCCCUACGGAGCUGGAUAGGGGAGGGGGCGGCUGAAUAUUCAUGGAAGUGGUGCCACCACAGUCGGCAGUGAUAGGGAGCCCAUUGUCAUGUUCGGGGGUCAACUUCUCGCAUUGGCCUUCUUUCGUCUCGUCUGCCUCACGAAUGGGCUUAGAGUGGACGGCGCUGAUGGAGGAUACAUCGAUCUACUAGUCUCCAUCCACCAAGAAACCAGUGCAAAUGAAGUGAUUGUCGACAACCUAAAGGCCCUGCUACAAUCCUCUUCCGAGUUCCUGCACGAGGCCACUGGUGGUCGCGUUUUCCUCAAGCAAGUCGUCAUUGAGUUCCCGGAAACGUGGCCGGAGAGGAGCACAGCUCGAAGUGUGCCUAAAUUUUCCUUCUCAACGAGCGAUGUCCGUCUUGAAGCUUUUGAAAGCGUUCACAAGGAACAUUUCUUCAGCACAAAGCUACGAGGGAGGUGCGGAAAACGAGGCGAUUUCAUUGGCGUUUCAACCGACGUACUGGAGGAGCUGAACGCAACCAAAGAGGCCCUCAGCGACGCAACCUACGCCUUCGUCAAUGAAUGGGCUCGUUUCCGUUAUGGUGUGUUUUAUGAGUAUGGGCGCUUGGGACACAAGACCUACCCAAUGUCCUACUGCCCGUGUUGCAAUAGGGAAGUGGUACGUUGGAACUCGUGCUCGGAUAGGAUUCAGCAUCAGAUUCUAAAUGAAGAUAUGUGCGCAUUCCACGACCAUUGUUAUGCCACUGAAGAUUGCAUCGUCGUGGCAACUCAACCAGAAGAUGACCCCGUUAAAUCGUCCAUCAUGUACCUGCCACGUCUCGAGAAUAUAAAGGAGUUUUGUAACUCGGAGGACAAAAGCCAUAGACACAACAAGUUUGCACCUAACAUGCACAACAAGAUCUGCAAUGGCAAGCCCACCUGGGAUGUCAUCAAGCAGAACGAAGACUUCAUGGGUCUUCCUCCACCCAACAUGUCCAAGCCCGUCUUGGUGGAAUUUGAUGAAAUUCAGCAGAAACCUAGAACGAGCCUGCGAGCUGUCCUGGUCCUUGACCUUUCCAAGAGUAUGAAGGCAAACAGACGAUUAGAAACCCUAAAAGACGUUCUCGACGGUUUCCUCCCGAGUUUGCUCGACGACUUGGUACAGCUCGCCAUCGUCACGUUCAGCACCGUCGCGAAGGUCCUGCACCCCAUGAUGGCUGUCAAUCACCAAACGGUACAAGGCUUUCGAGAUGCUGUAAAGAACAUGUCGGCGGUGGCCCGUACCUGCAUUGGGUGUGGACUUCAGCGCGCUCUGGAGGUGCUGAAUACUUCCAGCGAGACUCCAGAAGGCGCAAUAAUUGUUCUUUUGACCGAUGGCAUGGAGAAUGAGCACCCCUCCAUAGACGACGUCUGGCCGCAACUGUUAGCGUCAAAGGUCCAAGUUGUGACUAUGGCGAUGGGUGAUACUGCGGAAGAAAGGCUUGAAAAACUGGCUGCGGAAACUAAAGGGCAAAGCUACUUCAUUCCUGAUUACUUUGGAAACACAUUGAGGACCUACAUCGAAGGCGCCAACAGUCAGGAGCACAAGGGCACAUAUCGUCGGUCGGUGCUUAUUACUCCCAAUCAAACUGCGAAAUGUAACACCAGGGAAUCAACUCAUACAACGGGCACCUACCACCGCGAAUUUACGUCCCAAAUAGCAGCAGCGAAAGCACGUGCGGAAAUAUUCCAGUCUGCUUAUGACGAGUGCUUUCAAAGCGUAGGAUACAAUCCCGAAUUGGACCUGAAGACCAUCUUUGUCGAUACUUUCGACCGCCACACGAAGCCCUCCCACGAGCCCCUGAGGGUGAUGUACGAAACAAAGGGCUUCACCGGAACUAUUCAAGAAACAUUCCUUCUUGAUGACGCCUUGGGAAACAACACAAUCGUUACCAUUAGCCGCCAAUCCACUGGAAGCUACUCACUCACGGCGUGGCUUGUUGACCCUACAGGAAAAAGGUGUCAGAAUUGUCAGGAAGUUGAGAGCGGCCGCGACAAAUCACUUACCAUCCCAAGCCCAGCAACGGUCAGUGAGCAUGCAUUGGAAUUGGUCUCCUGUGUUACUAAGCAAGGCAAUAUCAUCAGCGAAUCGCAAGUUGCUAAGCCGGGUACAUGGACGCUUCAAGUGGAGAGUUCAAGCAACGGACGAGUCACUGUCAACAUGCAUGUCGUGUCCCAAAUCAAGGAUCUGAACAAUAAGCCGAUAGUGGUUUUGUGCCGAAUGUCGGAGACAGUGUUCAGCCAACCAGAGGAUGCCGUUAUACUUGUUGAUGUGAGGAAAGGCAACCACGUUGUCUUGCAGGCAAAUGUAACGGCUGUGGUCCGUAAUGCACAAGGGCUUAGUUGCCCUGUCCGUCUGCAUGACGACGGCGAGGAUCCUGAUAUCUUGGCAGAUGACGGUACGUACAGCGGCUACUUCACCCAAUUCACCGGCCGAGGAAGGUAUUCUGUCAACGCACACAUUUACGGCGACAACAAGACUCGACAUGCGUACCGUAGGCGGGGAUUCCCCCCUUCCGCUAUUCUUUUGUCUCCGGAAGAGGCCCGAGUGGCACGGAACCAAACACGGCCAAGUGUAGUUUUACGAGCUCCCGACAACUACACGUUCGUGGAUACCCUCCUGGGAGAACAAAAGCCCACGGCUCCAUUUCAAAGAGUCACAGUGGGCAUUUACUUCAAGCUCAACAGCAACCUGCAGCAGAAGGACGUUCCUCCUGGUACAAUCUGGGACUUCAGAGCUGUGAGAGGGUACGUGGAGAUCGACAGGACGCCUAUCGUCUUUCUUACGUGGACAUGGCCUGGCGCGCAUAUGACACACGGAAAAGCUGCAGGAGUGGAGAUCAGAGGUGGCACUGACGAAGACUACCUUGAAUCGCACUUCGAUAGUCAUGAGGUGAUGUCCAAUGUCGUGAAAGGCAAUCUUCAAGCCCUCCCCCCCGGUUCGCAGCAUGAAGUCACCAUUGCUCUUCCCCGCAACUGGGUGACGUCGGCCGAAGGCGUCGACUACAAGCUGGAGGCGUACCUAGCGGCACGUGUUAUUAACGCGGAAGGACUGAAGUCGAAGCUGUCCAGUACUACUACUGUAAGAUUUCAAAUUUCAAAUUUUACUGCCUUUUUGAUAAAAGGAGGACCUCGCACCACCACGCGGACUAGUCUGCAGCACACGAAUCCUGUACCAGCAAGGACAGCUACCGAAACGCCUUACGAAGACAAAGACGCAGCAACGACCGCAACACCGGCCAAGGUAGAGCCAGGCGUUGAUCCGGCAACAACAACCACAGCAGGUGUGGGGCAUCCGAGCGAGAAUGACAAGCCAUCCGUCAUCACUUGGAUUCUGCUGGCACUGGUUGCUGGAUUCGUCGUGGUGUUCAUCGCAGUUAUGCUGCUGUACAGGGCGAGGGCGAGCACAACUACUCAGAUUGAGGGCCCCUGCACAAACACGCAAGCAGCGACAACUAUGUGAAGUUCAAAAGUACAGACCGCAUGUGCUUUGUUUUAAGAGAAUUGGAAACUAUGUGAAGCUAGAAUACCGCGUGGUAUUUGUGACCUAAAUAAAGCACUUAGUACUUUUGAUAAUGCCACAAAUCGUUUGAACCACUCGUUA